AUAGAAUCAUAGAGUUGGAAGGGACCCUAAGGAUCUAGUCCAGCAGUUCUCAACCUGUGGGCCCGAUGGCAGCCUGGGCCAACUAUGCAAGGCACAGGGUGCAAUCCACUCCAGCGCCCAGCGGAUCAGAGCCUCUGGAUGUUGCUGACUUCAGUGGGCCUUACUCCCAGGUAAGGGUGUGUGAGACUAUAGUCUUUUAUCUAGGCAGCCAGGGCUCCUUCAGAUCUCUUUGCGCCAGGCCAGUGAGGAGGACCAUUUGCUUUUUAAAAUUAUCCCCUAUAUACAGAACUCCCUGUGUGCCUUUUUGACUGUAUCUGUAGGUUUCCUCCUCUGUGUCAAGUAACUGAGAUCAAAUAAGUGUUGUUUACUUUUUAUAAUACAGUGGUACCUCGGGUUAAGAACUUAAUUCGUUCUGGAGGUCCAUUCUUAACCUGAAACUGUUCUUAACCUGAGGUACCACUUUAGCUAAUGGGGCCUCCCGCUGCCACGCGAUUUCUGUUCUCAUCCUGAAGCAAAGUUCUUAACCUGAGGUACUAUUUCUGGGUUAGCGGAGUCUGUAACCUGAAGCGCCUAUAACCUGAAGCAUCUUUAACCCGAGGUACCACUGUACAUGGAAGAUGUAGGUUUCUAACCAGAGGUUGGAUGGCCAUCUGUCAUAGAUGCUUUAGCUGAGUUCCCUAUGUUGCAGGGGGUUGCACUAGAAAAAUGACCCUUCGGGUCCCUUACAGCUCUAUGUGUCUAUGAUUCCAUGUUUUUCUGCUUCAACAAUAUUUCAUUGUGUUCCUAUCAUUUUAUAUAAAUUAUAAAAAUAUAUAAAUAAAACAUGUUCUGUUUACAAACAAAACAUUUAAAUAGCUACCUUUCUACCAGUAGGAUGGGGGUGGGGGGCAUGAGCAUAGCCAGGAUUUUUGUUAGGGGGGCAGAACCUCAGAUUUGUAUUGAUUUAUAUUGAUUUUUACUUAUUGGGGGGCAGCUGCCCCCCUUGGCAACACCCACGGAGGGCACAGGAAGGAAACAAGGUUGGAAGAGGGCCAUGGUCAGAAAAAGGUCAGGAAACACUACUCUAACCAGCUGAGCUAUCCAGCUCCAUUUGUAUAGAUAUAAAACUUAAAAACAAAUGCUAUAAUAAUUAUAGUGGAACCAGAAUAACGAUAACACCAAGAUUGCAGUUUCAAUCCCCAGCUGCACAUUCCUGCAUUGCAGGGGGUUGGACUAGAUCAGGGGUCUGCAACCUUUAAGACAAAAAGAGCCACUUGGACCCGUUUCCGAAGAAAAAAAAACUGGGAGCCGCAAAACCAUUGCGACAUUUAAAACAAACAUAUCUCCGGAGCCACGAUCUGACAGCGGGCGGGAAGGUGACAUUGGGACGGUGCGUGACUAACGCACGCACUGCCCCCAUGCGACGUCACAGCCAGUACAGCGCCCGCCACAGUGGGGAGUGUCGGGGCGCACAAUGCGCCUCCUCCCCUCGCUAGUAUCCGCCCCGGAGCCGCGGCAAAGGUGUAAAAGAGCCACAUGCGGCUCCGGAGCCGCGGGUUGCUGACCCUUGGACUAGAUGAUCCACAGGAUCCCUUCCAUCUCUAUGAGUCUAUGAUUCUAUCUCACCAUAGUGAUCAAGCGACCUGUCCCUGUUCAGUUUGCUUUCCAAGUGUUAGAUGUUGACGGGCGACUUCAAGGCGGCUCCUGCUCUUUCCCCCUUUCCAUUCUUUGACUUUAAACCAGGAAGGGUUACAACACCCCCUCUCUGGAUAGAGGACACACUGCCCUUCCUAUAGAGGACAGUCCUUUGUAAAUCAGAACACCCACCCACCCUAUCCUGAUCUCAGUUGCUUCACCUCGAGGGCCGUAACACACAUACUGUAUAUCCAUCAGCAGCCCUGCUUUGGGAAGGUAGGUACCCAUCCAGAAUAUCCAUAUGAUCACUAAUUAGCAGUACAAUGUGGGAAUUAGCCAUGUUAGAGCAUUGUGAGCUUGUACAAUUCACUGUGCAAAGGGAAUAUUUGGGGAAAAGAUCUCUGGUAGCUGAUCUAAGACCCAACCUGAGACUCUGAAGGGCUAUCGACAGGAUCACCGACAGUGGCGGACGUUGGGCUUUAAAAUUUCAGUGGUACCCCUUGUGAUGCCUAAAUUUGAUGCCCCCACCUCUUCUUUGUAAUUUGUGGCACCCUGUCAGCUAACUGCCCAGCACUGGUCAGGCUCCCCUAAAUUCAACUCUGUCACUGAGCCAUAAAACAGUUUCUUAUAUCCACUAAGGCAGGCUUCCCAUGCUAUUUAGAGGGAUUGGGUUGCUGUAACAAAUUCACCUAACCUGGGGAUUUCUAAAUCACAAAUCCCAUCAGCCAAGUAGGGGAGGACGUGUUGUGCUCUUUGUUAACUACCCUUGUUAGAUUGCACCCCUGUGACAGAUGAAAAGUUCUAUUGUGAAAAAAGGGUUGGGGAGACAUGGGAGGUAGAUGGAUGUACCAAGUGACAGUUAAUCGAAAAGGACAGAGUGUUUGUUUUGUUCUCAAACACUAGGCGCCAUACUCACUGGGAUCUUGUAAUAGCUGUGCUGCGAUUGAAACGCGGCGCCGUUCGCCAUCAGAAAUUCCCCAAAGUGUGCGGUUUCCAAUUACGCUGCAUGCAACAUGACUGAGACUCAGCUCAGCCAUAACAGCAUCAACCUGCAAAAUACAGAGACAAUUCAGGAAGAACUUGGGGUCUUAGAUUGUCUACCCAGCAGCUCAAGCAUCCUUUGAGCACUAUAUAUAUAUAUAUGCUGUACAAAAUGCAAGUCCUAAUUCAGAAUGAUCACAAAAUAAGCUUCCCGGAUAGUCUUCGAAAUAGAAAUAUACCAUUGUACAACUCCAUGUAGCUAAUUCACUAAGCUAUUAUUUGAAUUCACAUUCAGAUGGUCCAGAUUUCAGGGACAUAAUUUUAAAGCAAGUUUUGAGCCAAGAAGGCCCAAUUUGAAUCCCUCCAGCAAUUCACUAGGUGGCCCAGGUAGGUCAUGUUUUCUGUCCUUUAGCCCCACCAUUGUAAACAGGGGGCUAUAACAAUACUGACUUAUCUUUCAGAUGUACUAAAAAGAUUACCAAGAGAAUGUCUGUUAAGUGCUUUAAAUGUUCAGCUAAGCCAUUCUGCUUUAAGCAAUCUCAAGCACCAUACAAAUGCUAAGCAUUAUUAUAAUCAUUCUUCACAACCAAAAUAUGCAGAAUUCUUUUACGCACACUGGGACCAGCAUGGAUAUUUUCUUGGCAGGGUUGCUGUUGGGGGGAUCAUUCCCAGGAAGUCUUCCAAUGCCCCUGAUUCAAUGCUUUUCAUUGUGCUACUCAACUUAAUUUAGUCAGGAUCUAUAGCUUACUGACAGAGUGCAUUCUCUGCAGGUAGAAUAAAAGUAAAGGUAAAGGUACCCCUGACCGUUAGGUCCAGUCACGGACGACUCUGGGGUUGCGGCGCUCAUCUCGCUUUAUUGGCCGAGGGAGCCGGUGUUUGUCUGCAGACAGCUUCCGGGUCAUGUAGCCAGCAUGACUAAGCCGCUUCUGGUGAACCAGAGCAGCACACGGAAAUGCCGUUUACCUUCCCACCGAAGCAGUACCUAUUUAUCUACUUGCACUUUGAUGUGCUUUUGAACUCCUAGGUGGGCAGGAGCUGGAACACAGCAACAGGAGCUCACCCCGUCGCGGGGAUUCGAACCACCAACCUCGAAACCUCUGGUCCUUCAGAUGUUGUUGGAUAAGCCUUAUUGCUUUCUCUUACAGUUUCUUACUUGUAGCCUUACAGCCAGAAAACCUCUGCCUGUUCAUGCAGCAUACUCCUCAUUCUCCACUUCUGACACCAUGUAACGUUUCUGGGUCCAACAGCAGGCCCUCCUUCACUGGGGGCUGGAUGGCCUUUCGGGAGUGUUAUGGUUGCAGAUCCAGAAUCACAGAUCUUGCACUGAUCUGGAAGUUGAAUUAGUUUACCUCCAAGGACCUCUAUAUCUCUAAAACACUAUGAUAUCUUGUGAACAGUAGGUUUUUUGGGGGGGUUUUAGUGGGGAAGCAGUUCCACUAUGCCUUUUGAUGGAAAGGAUUGAAACAGCCUAACCAUAGGAGCCAACUCCUAGGGGCCGAGGUCACUUCGGCCCCCUAAAUAAAAUAUUUGAGGGAGCAGCCCCCCCUCAAGUUGAUGGGUAUUGCCACUCAAAUGGGGUGUGUGUGUGUGUGUGUGUGUGCUGUGUCAUGUGAUCAGUUAUGUGGGAUAUUAUCAUUUAUUUUGUUCAAGUUGGCACCCCUGAGCUUAACUGUGAGAGGAUCACAGUCUUGUCUUCAGUUUGCUAACUUUUCAUAACAUUAUACUGCAGUACAGACCUUCUUUUUUAUAAAGUUGCUGGAGUGCUCCCGGAGUGCUAGCAAGGCAGUAUAAGUCAAAGACUCUUCUAUGGUGAGGUAGCUUAACAAGGUAUCAUUCUGAAAGAGAAGGGAAAAUGCAGUCAAUUUAGCCAUGUGGUGAUGGCAACUGAGUAGAGUUCCUGUGUUGCAGGCAGAACAAUCCCAGAUAAGGCUGGGAAAGACCGAGACUCCUAUAGAAAUGCAAAUACAAACCAACCUGGAGAACAUAGGAAAAGCAGUCCUGAAACUGCUUUGGCUUCAGCUCCUGUCCAUUGACAUAAACUUGCCCAGAAAAGUUUGUCUUAUGGCUCAGCCUUCCAGCAAUGGCAUCCAACAGAGUUGUUUUCCCCGAUCCUAAUGCAAAUUGGAAAAUUCAAUAUAAGUAUUGUUCGGGGGGGGGGCAAAUUAGCCCAUAAUUCCUGGAUCUAGUAAAAGUUUGAAUUAAUCAAGGUUUGAUUAAACUUUGCCAAACAUGGAAUGCCCCUGGAUUUAGUUAUGCUAACAAGCCAAAGCCAGCUCGGCAGAUCUAGCUGGAUAGACCAUUAGCAGGAGACAAAGGCCUGUGAUGGCCCAUCAAAGGGCGAGGCUGCCAGGCAAGGGGGAGUGGGCCUGGGUACUAGUGGGCAGAGGCAAAAGGCCAAAUUUAGGGAAGGAUGUAGGUUGUGGGUUGAUCCUUGGGUUUGGUAAGCAGCAAGAAGGAACAGGAAGGGCAGAACCCCAUGUGAGCUGGGGAUGACAGGCUGGAACUAAGAGACACAGAAGAUGACUUUCAGCCCCUGGGCAUGAAGUUCCCCACAAGCAUGGGCUGAAGGUGGAUCUGGGUCCAGUGGUAGAUCUCAAUGUGAUUUCCCAUUGAUGGACAAGGCUUUAUGGCUCCCAAUUAUUUAACAGCAGCAACAACAAAACAACAUCUCCUGCCCUAGGUUAUACACCUGAAGCACAGAAACCAGAUUUUUGCCCAGAAGGACUAUGAGCUCUGUUCAGUUCCAGUACAAUGGUACCUUGGGCUACAAAUGCUUUGGGUUACAAACUCUGCUAACCUGGAAGUAGUACCUCUGGUUGAGAACUUUGCCCCAGGAUUAGAACGGAAAUCGUGCAGCAGUGGCAGCAGGAGGCCCCAUUAGCGAAAGCGCACUUCAGGUUAAAAAUGGUUUCGGGUUAAGAAUGGACCUCGGGAAUGAAUUAAGUUCAUAACCCGAGGUACCACUGUACUUAAAACAAAUAACUGUGCUCAUAAUUCUUUAAUUCUAUAUAUUAUGUCUUUAGCACUAGUUUCUGGUUGUGGGUUCUAGUAAGAAGCAAAGGAGCGCCUGUAAGCCUGAAGUCUUUCCACCCCCAUUGUAGAAAAAUAGCCAGGCACUUGCAUUGCUACAGCUAAAUUUGAAUUAACCUGACUUCUAUUAAAUAUGGUAGUAAGUGAAGUUGGCGCAGGAGUAUACCAGAUAUCCUGAAACAACUUGUGCCAUUGGAUAUGGGCUAAACACUCAUCAAGACUGAUUUAUGCAGAUCUUAAAGAAAAAUUUCUCAAAAUAUAGUACCAAUGGUACUUAACGAGAUUUCAUAAACGUAUUUUAGGAAUGCCUGAUCAUUCAGGUUUUCUAGAGCAAAAUCUCGUUCUCUACCUUCUUGGUAGUGGCACCCUCCCUGUGGAACACCCUCCCAUCAGAUGACUAUCUGACUUUUAGAAGACAUCUGAAGGCAGCCCUGUUUAGGGAAGUUUUUAAUGUUUGAUGCUUCAUUGUGUUUUUAAUAUCCUGUUGGGAGCUGCCCUGAGUGGCUGGGGAAACGCAGCCAGGUGGGCAGGGUAUAAAUGAUAGCUAGAUGAUAGAUAGAUAGAUAGAUAGAUAGAUAGAUAAAUAGAUAGAUAGAUAGAUGAUAGAUUAGAUAGAUGAUAGAUAGAUAGAUAGAUGAUAGAUAGAUAGAUAGAUAGAUAGAUAGAUAGAUAGAUAGAUGAUAGAUAGAUAGAUAGAUGAUAGAUAGAUAGAGAUAAUAGAUAAUAGAUAGAUAGAUGAUAGAUAGAUAGAUAGAUAGAUAGAUGUUGUUGUUGUUACAGAUGAGUGAGUGGCUGGAGAAGCCAGAGGGAGGGGAAGACAGCUGUGCAAGUCAGUGGAAAGUUUCAAGAGAUUAUCAAGGGAAAUCUCUGAAAACAAUAGCAAAUUAUAUACAGUGGUGCCUCGCAAGACGAAAUUAAUUUGUUCUGCGACUUUUUUCGUCUUGCGAAUUUUUCGUCUUGCGAAGCACGGUUUUCCAAAGUCUUCAAAAUCACCAAAGUCUUCAAAAACCUCAAAAAAGGCUACCACACCGCGUGCUAUGAGUUGCUCCUCGAAGUCACCCUGGGUAUUAACGGUUUUAAGAAAAAGGAAACAAACUUGCAAGACGUUUUCGUUUUUCGUCUUGCGAAGCAAGCCCAUAGGGAAAUUCGUCUUGUGAAGCAACUCAAAAAAUGAAAAACUCUUUCGUCUUGCGAGUUUUUCGUCUUGCGAGGCAUUCGUCUUGCGAGGUACCACUGUAUCCUAAAAUAUAUUACAUGAUCUAACUAAAUUUAUGGAUUUGGGUAGGUUCUCCCUCCAUUAACAUAGAUAAUUUGCAAACUUACAAGAUGAAUGGUCCCAACCGCAAAAGUGCAACUGUGCCACUGGUAUGUGAUACCCUGUUAUUUGAAAUUGACCAGACCAGAUUGAGGAUUAGCGACCUUAAAGGUAGCAUUCAAGGAGCUGGACACUGAGUUCAGUCCCUUAUAUAAGUUGUCGUCAUAUGAAUGUGCCUAGUGCAUUUUUUAUCGUGCCCCUCCUCCAAGGAGCUCAGGACAGUAUGCACUAUACAUUUAAAGCAGUAUCAUGCUGCUUUAAACAGUCACGGCUUCUCCCAAAGAAUCCUGGGAACUGUAGUUUUUUAAAGGUGCUGAGAGUUGUUAGGAGACCCCAAUUCCCCUCACAGUGCUGCAGUUCCCAGAGUUUCUUGGGAGGAGGGAUGGUUAAGUAAAUUUUAAAGUGUUUGCUGUAGUUAAUGUAGAAAUAUUUGUGUUUAGUUAAAAUGCAGGUGUAUAUACUACUCACCAGAAUUUCCCAAGAUGCCCAUGAUCUGACCACUUUCCGUAUGAAAUGACACAUCUUUAAGAAUCUGCCUGUUCCACUUCUUACGGUAUGAUCGAAUAUCCCACCAGGGUCCCACGUGUUCCCUUUGAGGGAAAGGGAGAGAAACUCAUGUGAAAUGACUUUGGAAAGAAUUAAAAUACAGUAGUGUUUUGAAAACAAUCAAAGGAUAUCGUUUUCAUUCUAAAAAUGAAAUGUUAUGUGGACAGAAACUUCCAUAACCCUUUAUGCUUUGUUUUGCAACUUGCAUGAAAAAUGCUCUUCCAAGAUUUAAUAGGUGGAGUUGGAAGAGGGGGAAAAGAAAUGCAUUUAAAUUUCCCUGUAUAUCACUUUGGGAGCUUUCGGCCAACAAGCAAUAUUAUCAUUAUUCAUUCAAUUGCAUGCUUUCAAGAGAGACAUGUGUCGAAAAGGUUUCUGCAAUGUUGAACCAAGAACUGUGCUGGAACAUUCUGAUCUACAUGUUAUACUGGGAGGUAUAGUUCAGGUAAAGUUCAUACUGGAAUACACAAAAACCAAAUUUCUUAAUCGGUCUUGCCAUUUACUUACCUGACUGCAUAAGAAACAUUCAGGAUACUGAGACUGUUGUGCGAUAUCGAAGUCAUCUGCCUGCCUUCAUCCUGUGAGCCUAGGUUAUUCUUUGCCAUCUCCUUCAUGCAGACCCAAAUAACCGGGAGGAUUUUCCUAAUGAUCUCUCCGUCACUGGUAAGCCAGUUAAAACAAAUUAAAAAGCAACUUCCCUGUAAACGUUCAUAACAAGCAGCUUCUAACUUUCUGUGACCCUGCUCUGUUGCUUCUCAUUGUAUAAUAAACAUGCAUGUUUCUGUAGCAGAUGAUAGGUCAACCAUAAUUAUUAUCUGAUGAACCUUUACCCUUACUAUAGCACAGUAUUUCAGAAACAAGUGCGUUUUAGGCUAUUCUGUGUUGCCUGUAAGGUGUGUUCCUGUGGUUCAGCACCUGGUUUACUUGGAGCCAGUAAUUUGGCAGUCAUAAAGGCACCCUGAACUACACCCCCACCUUGCUUUUGAGAAACCAAUGCCAGGUCUUAUUAAGCACAGCAUACUUUUCUAUGUGCUUCUUUCCAGUCUGCAGGGACCUCACCUGUUCUCCAGGAAUUCUCAAGGAUUAGAGACUCUGGGAUUGCACCCAUGAGAUCUUUUAGUACCCUUGAGUGCAGCUCAUCAGGCCCUGGAGAUGUGAAUUCAUUUAAAGGAGCUAGGUGUUCCCUUACCACCUCUUUUCCUAUCUUGGGCUGCAGCUCCCUCCUUGCAUCAUUUACAGUGGUACCUCGGGUGACAGACGCUUCAGGUUACAGAAGGUUACAGACUCCACUAACCCAGAAAUAGUACCUCGGGUUAAGAACUUUGCUUCAGGAUGAGAACAGAAAUCACGUGGCGAUGCCAGCAGGAGGCCCCAUUAGCUAAAGUGGUAGCUCAGGUUAAGAACAGUUUCAGGUUAAGAAUGGACUUCCAGAACGAAUUAAGUUCUUAACCAGAGGUACCACUGUAUUCUGUUAUCACUAGGUUGGGCACUGCUUUCCUUUUGGGUAAAGACAGAGGCAAAGUUGGUGUUGAGCAGUUCCGCCUUUUUCUGUCACCCAAGAGCAUUUCUCCAUCUCCACUCAAGGAACCUAAUACUUGCUUGUUUUUUACCUCUCGCUUCACACAUAGCCAAACAAACAAAAAUUGUUUUUAACUUCUCUUGCAAGCCUGAGCUCAUUCUCAGCUUCAGCCUGCCUGACCUUCUCCUUGAAACUGUUGGCUAUGUGUCUAUACUUUUCCUUUGUGAUUUCUCCUUUCUUCCAUUUCUUAUACAUGCCACUCUUACAUCUCAUAUCAUCUGUAAUAUUAUGCAGCCAUACCAGUUUCUUUUGGUGCCUCCUAUUUUGUUUCUUGUUGGAAUAUUUCACAUUUAAGAAACUCCCACCCAUCUCUGACUGCCUUUGAGUAUUUCUGACCAUGGCAUCUCAACCAGUAGUUCCUUUAGCUCUUUGCAAUCAGCCUUCUUAAAGUCCAGAAUGAAUGUCUGACUACACUCAAUUUCCCCUUGCCUUUGUAUAAUGAAACCCUUUGUAUCAUCUCCUCCCAAGGUUCUCUGUGCUUUCACUAUGUUGAUCAGUUCUUCCCUUUUGGUGAAGACCAGGUCCAAGAGUAAUGAGCCACUUCUUGCUUCUUCUACCUCCUGGGAAAUGAAUUUGUCAGCAAGGCAAUGGAGGAAUUUGUUGGGCCUUACAUUCUUGGCAGAGUUUAAGUCCAACACAUAUCAGGGUAGUUGAAAUCUCCUUUUACUACUAUCUCUCUCCUUCUUGAAUGUUUGGUAAUCUGCUGUAUGAGGGCAUCAUCCAAGUUCUCAGUCUGGCUUAGAAGUCUAUAGCAAGAAGGUCAUUUCCCCUCUCCUACAAUGUAUACCCAUAUACUCUCAAUCUGCCUUCUAUGCUCCAAGUCAUGGAUCGCUUCACAAAUGUACACAUCCUUUACAUAUAAUGCUACUCCUCCUCCCUUUCUGUUUGGUCUGUUCCUUUUGAACAGGUUAUGCCCCUCAAUUUCUACAUUACAUUCAUAAGUCUCAUCUCACCUGGUUUUAGUGAUGCCUGUUAGGCCAUAUUUAUCAUCCUUUAUUAAGCACCCAAAUUGUUCUUUCUUUUUCCCAUACUCUGUGCAUCAGUAUAGAGACAACUGAAAGCAUGAGACAUUCCUUCAUACACUGCUGUCUCUGAAGUGAGACACCUGCCACCACUAGACAUCUCUUCCUUUCCUGGGGAGUGGCAGGAAUUGUUCUGUGCACUGUGCCUUCCACUGCCAUCUUGGUGUGUUCUGAGGUCCGCAUCUGCUGUUCUUGUUCUUCUCACCAAGGAUGGGUAUCCGAGGUGAGGGCAUGGAAUUGAUUUUGCAGCUCCAGAGACACAGCAUGGCUCCUGACAGUCCUGCUUUUUUGUGUAACAUUCCUCAGGGGUUCAUCUCCUGCAUUGGGUGAUCUUCCUCCCUCCCUAGGGGCACUCUACCAGCAUCUCUCUUCCAGGACAAUCCACUCUGGUCUAGUGAGAAUUUCCUCAUGUUGCCACAAAGUGAUAGAGAGGCUUCACAUUGCCGUACCUUCUCUUCCAGCAAGGCAAGCAGUUUGCAUUUGUUGUAGGUGAAGUUUUGCACGUUCUCAGACAGGAGGACAAACAUGGCACAGGUGUUGCAGGUCACUGCAGCUGCUCCCUCGCCAUCCAUCAUGCAAGAAGAAGAGAAGAAGAGUUUGGAUUUGAUAUCCUGCUUUAUCAGUACCCUAAGGAGUCUUAAAGCGGGUAACAUUCUCCUUUCCCUUCCUGCCCCACAACAAACACUCUGUGAGGUGAGUGGGGCUGAGAGACUUCAGAGAAGUGUGACUAGCCCAAGGUCACCCAGCAGCUGCAUGUGGAGGAGCAGGGAAGCGAACCCGGUUCACCAGAUUACGAGUCCACCGCUCCUAACCACUACACCACACUGGCUCACGAAACCUGAGUGUCCUGGCAUUUUCCAACUGGUGCCAUAUAAUUCAACAACAAUUGCACAGGCGCAGUCUCUCCCCCACCAGCUCCUGGGAGCUUUGCCAAGGAGGUAAAGUAACACUUUUAUUGGGAACAUAAUGUACCUUGCAAGCUGCCAAAUUUAUGAAUUUCAGGAUUGCUGCAAUAGAUGCCUCCAGUCAUGUUUUUAAAUCACAAAUUAGGAACAUAAAGGGUGAGGCCUUCCUUUGCAGGUCAUCCGAUCCCUGGUUCCCGACAGGUCCUUAGCCGAAAGGAGAAACCUCUGUAGUUUUUCAAUGUAUAAUAAAAAAAUAUGUUUCUGUAGCAGGUGAUAGGCAAACCAUAAUUAUUAUCUGAUGGACCUUUACCCUUACUAUAGCACAGUAGUAAGCACAGUAUUUCAGAAGUGGGUGUGGUCCAGGUGUUUUAGGUUACUCUGGGUUACCUUCUUGGAGUGAGCAGGAAAUGUUGGAGUGAGAGGAGAAAACACACAAUCGGUUGAAAAGGAGGUGAGCAAAAGUUACUGCUGUGGAGAACGAAAGGAUGGAAAACUUUCAACGGGAACCUGCCCUGGGGGAAGAGGAAGAGGAGACCGAGAAAGUGAGUGAAAUUUAAGGCUGGCACUUGGAGGGGAAGAAGUGUGCAUGCACACAAAAGCUUAUACCCAGAACAAACUUAGUUGGUCUCUAAUGUGCUACUGGACAAUUUGUUGAUUUUUUUAUUUAUUUCGACUGCGUCAGACCAACACGGCUGCCUACCUGAACUUGGAGGGGUGGGAGAGUAGAAGUGGUUUUAGCUUUUAAAACAAAAAUCUGACUCAUAAAUGGAAUAAAAUUCAGAAAUACAAUGUCGUAAAAACAUCAUACUUGAAUUGAAAGAUUAAAAAUUGAAUUAGUGAAUAGAACAGUGGUGAAUGACCUGUAGGAUAUGUUAUUGUUUUAAUUUGUUUAUUAUAUUUCUAUCCUACUGUUCCUUCCGAAGGAGCCAAACACAGCAAACAACCAGCAAUAUAACAGUAAAGAACAAUGCCAAUACACGAGCAGACUAGAAAAUAUCUCAACUGGGAUUGCCAGUUUCAUGCUAUGCCAUUCAUGAUUUAAAUGGGACAACCAUAGCUGUUCAGCUUCUUAAGGCACAUUGCGAAUUUAUUGUAAAGAGUGGAAAGCAAAUGUAUCCCUGAACACACCAUGGGUACAUAUUAAAGAGCCAGAGACAACCAUUAAUUUGUGGAUCAUAUCCCCCAAUGGAUCAAAAUCCCCAAACACUGAUGUAGCUGCUAUAACAUCUUGGUUUGUUACACAAGACACGGCUUUAGCUGACGAAUGUACACUUACUGUCCUUCCCUUCUUUGUUUUUAAAAUAAUUGGAAGCUUUAUGCAAAUAACAUCUUGGUUAUGAUUUCUAUACAGGUAAAUAAGAGAUUUCAAGACAGAAUUUUUUGCUCGGAAGAUGAUAACAGCCUCUAUUUCACAUACAGUGGCAAAUCAAAUGUUCUAGAGGUCAGAGACCUCAACUACCAGGUAAAGUGGGGAAUUUAUUUAAAUUCAUAGAGUAAGGUAGAAUGCUUGGUAAUCAUCUGCUUAAAAUAUUCGAGCCGAAAUUUUUAAAAAGCAAUUUACGAUUUUUUAAAAUCCUAAUGAAAGUUCAUUAGCAUUUUGGUUUGAAUUCCCACUAUAAACACCUUUUUUUGUACACAGUUUUGACAAAUGCACACAUUUUUGCAGGCAAUUUCCCUAAUAUAAUGCAUUUGUUAAUGUAAUCUUCAUUAAUAUAUUUCAUUUUUAUGCACACUUUCCCCCUAAUUUAUGCAUUUGGUAAAUACUGUUGGAGAACUAAAACACACAAUUCAGUUAAGUGUGAAUUUUGAAGGAUAGCUGUUUUUCAGUUCUCGUAUUGUUUCAAAAAGUGUGGAUUUGAUGACUUCACCUUUAAAUGUGGACUGAAAUGAUUUUCAGUAUUGCACUUGGGCAAAAAAAUGAGAGGCACAAAUACAAGAUGGGUGACACCUGGCUUGAGAGCAGUACAUGUGAAAAGGAUCUAGGAGUCUUGGUUGACCACAAACUUGACAUGAGCCAACAGUGUGACGCGGCAGCUUAAAAGCCAAUGCAAUUCUGGGCUGCAUCAAUAGGAGUAUAGCAUCUAGAUCAAGGGAAGUAAUAGUGCCACUGUAUUCUGCUCUGGUCAGACCUCACCUGGAGUACUGUGUCCAGUUCUGGGCACCACAGUUCAAGAAGGACACUGACAAACUGGAACGUGUCCAGAGGAGGGCAACCAAAAUGGUCAAAGGCCUGGAAACGAUGCCUUAUGAGGAACGGCUAAGGGAGCUGGGCAUGUUUAGCCUGGAGAAGAGGAGGUUAAGGGGUGAUAUGAUAGCCAUGUUCAAAUAUAUAAAAGGAUGUCACAUAGAGGAGGGAGAAAGGUUGUUUUCUGCUGCUCCAGAGAAGCGGACACGGAGCAAUGGAUCCAAACUACAAGAAAGAAGAUUCCACCUAAACAUUAGGAAGAACUUCCUGACAGUAAGAGCUGUUCGACAGUGGAAUUUGCUGCCAAGGAGUGUGGUGGCGUCUCCUUCUUUGGAGGUCUUUAAGCAGAGGCUUGACAACCAUAUGUCAGGAGUGCUCUGAUGGUGUUUCCUGCUUGGCAGGGGGUUGGACUCGAUGACCCUUGUGGUCUCUUCCAACUCUAUGAUUCUAUGAUUCCCCCCAUCCCUAUUUCAGGGUAUAAAUGGUUCUACUUUGAUAGGAAGGGAAUGCUGGGUUAAUGGGAGAUUAAAAUGUCAAGGGUAGGGUUUUAAUUUUAAUGCAAAACUACCAGGCCUGCAUGGGACAUGGGUGGCACUGUGGGUUAAACCACAGAGCCUAGAACUUGCCGAUCAGAAUGUCAGCAGUUCGAAUCCCCAUGACGGGGUGAGCUCCCGUUGCUCGGUCCCUGCUCCUGCCAGCCUAGCAGUUCGAAAGCACAUCAAAGUGCAAGUAGAUAAAUAAGGUAAGGUAAACGGCGUUUCCGUGCGCUUCUCUGAUUCGCCAGAAGCGGCUGUACACCAGCUCCCUUGGCCAAUAAAGCGAGAUGAGCACCGCAACCCCAGAGUCAGUCAGGGGUCCCUUUACUUUUACCUUUACCAAGCCUGCACUUCCCAAAGAAAUAUGCAGACCAAACUGUGGAUCUCCUUCGAAAUACACAUUUCUCUGAAUUUUGUAAUGCGGUUCUCCAGCCAAAGAAUAUGUUACAAAAUAAUAAUGCAUAAUUUAGUAGAAGCGAACACAUUCAAAAUUGAAUGCAUCUAGGAAUAUAUUUAUUACAGGGAAACUGCUUACAGUGGUGCCCCGCAAGACGAAUGCCUCGCAAGACGGAAAAACCGCUAGACGAAAGGGUUUUCCGUUUUGGAGUUGCUUCGCAGGACGAAUUCCCCUAUGGGCUUGCUUCGCAAGACGAAAAUGUCUUGCGAGUCUUGAGAUUUUUUUCGCGUCCCCCUUUAUCUAAUCUGCUAAGCCUUUAAUAGCCUUUAAUAGCCUUUUAGCAGCUAAUCCCCUAAGCCUUUAAGCCUUUAAUAGCCGCUAAACCGCUAAUAGCGCUAAUAGCGCUAAUCCGUCAAUGGGCUUGCUUCGCAAGACGAAAAAACCGCUAGACGAAGACUCUCGCGGAAUGGAUUAAUUUCGUCUUGCGAGGCACCACUGUACAAAAAUCCCUAUGCUAAGCAAAAUUGCAUAACACUAUGUUUGUGUGGAGAAAUGUGCAUGAAAAUUCAUACAAAUUUUCAUGAAGGCUUUUAUAAUUUACAUUUUUUAAAUGUAUGCAGGAAUAGGGCAAACCAAAUUUAAGACUGGAAAAAUAAGAAAUGGAAAGAAACUGAAAUUGCCAGAUUUCUUCAUAACCAAGCGUGGUCCGUGAUAUGUACUCAGUGUAUUUCUCUUAGACCUCUUAACAAAGUUGUCAAAGAGAACAACAACUACCAGACUUUCAGAAGACAUCUGAAGGCAGCCCUGUUUAGGGAAGCUUUUAAUGUUUGAUGUAUCAUAGUAUUUUAAUAUUUUUUGGGAAGCCGCCCAGAGUGGCUGGGGAAGCCCAGCCAGAUGGGCAGGGUAUAAAUAAAUUAUUAUUAUUAUUAUUAUUAUUAUUAUUAUUAUUAUUAUUAACAGUCAAUAUGUGUCUACUCAGAAGUAAUCUCCAUUGAAUUAAAUUAAACAGAACUUAUUCAUCAGUAAAUUUGCAGUCAAAGAUAUUCAGGCUUACAGUAGCUCUAGUAAUGUUAAAACAUAGGUCCAUUAACUUCAAUGGAUCUGCUAAGAGUAGAAUUUAGUUCAACACAACCUAAUGACUUUUAAAUGUGCUUGAAUGCAUUUCUCCUAUGUCUUUUAACAAAUUGGUGUUGAUUAUAUAUCUUUUAACAUAUUGGUAUUGGUUAUAUUCAUUACUCAUUACAUUACAAAGCAGAUACUUAACAGAUCUGUCUAGGCAGCUUACUGGAGAAAGAAACUGGCCUGAUGAUUUUAGCAGUCUCUGUUUCUGCAGAAUCCAAUCUUGAGACCAUAAAACUACAGGACUGGAAAGGACCUUAAAAAACCCUUUUAGCCUAAGCUGAAACACAUUACACUACUAAAUGAAUGGGUUGUGUUUUUCAAAAGGCGGGGAUUAAUAUCUGCCAGUGCUCUUGCAAACAUGUUGGAAGGUAGAAGCAAGUUUAUUUCUUAGUAACAAUUGUAUCGGAAGUAAGUCUUAUUGCAUUCAAUAGAACUUACAGCUAGAUAAGAGUCCAUCCUUGCUUUUUAAUAAAAUUAAGGUUAAGCAUUUAGCAUGAUGGAUAUUUCUGUGGUUGCAGUCCUGAACAUUACACCUGAAAUUUCACCUGGAAAAGCACUGAGUUGGGAUUUGAAUUUAGAUAUUGGUGGAUUAAAAUACUGUCCAAUAGACCUCCACAGCUCUAGACUUGUUAGAAAUUACAGUGAAUGCCCCCUUAUUUUAUCUGAAGCAUUAUUACUCUACUUUUCAGCUGAUAAAGCCUUCUAGAGCAAUUGACAAAUCAUCAUCAAACGUCAGGCAUUUCUACUUAACAAAAACACCAUUCAUCUUUCAUAGGUUAAUAUGGCCUCACAGAUUCCCUGGUAUGAGAAACUAGCAGAGCUGAAAAUUCCUUGGAAGUGUGGCCUAGACUCCCAUUCCCAUGUGGCAGCUAUACAAAAUAUGAGUUUUAAAGUCAAAAGUGGGCGGAUGCUGGCUCUCAUAGAGAGCUCUGGUAAGAAUUAAAUCCCUUUUUAAUCUGCUCAGUCUCAGCAUUUGUUUGCUAUAUUUUCAAAGACAAUAAAACAAGGGUGUCCCUGCUAUCGAGCAGAGUGAGGCAGCUACCUCAGAUGGAGGACAGACAGCCCUUUAAGCUAGCCUGGGGUCUUCAAGUUCAGUGGAGAACACUUCCCAUUACCACUGUCAAAGUAAGAUUGAGCUGCUGCCAGUCUAACUACCUUCUGUACAAAUAAUUUAGAUUUUAACAGAUCAGAAAAUGUGGAUGAAAUCCACAUGGCUGUCUGGUUACAUCUAGUAAGUCCCCUAUAUAUGCUUUGGGGUGAAGAACCUAAAGCAACUGUUCUCCUGUAGCUACUUAACAUCUGGACCUGUUAUAUUUGCAGCUUGCGGAAAGACGUCUUUGUUUGACGUGAUUACCUGCAGGGACCACGGAGGCAAAAUUACGUCAGGUGAAAUCUUGAUAAAUGGAACACCCUGCACUCGCCAGCUGGCAAAGAAAUGCAUUGCCCACGUACGGCGAGACGACAGACUGCUACCCAACCUGACAGUCAGAGAAACACUAUUGUUCAUUGCAAAAUUGCGUCUCCCCAAGAUGUUUUCAGAUUCACAAAGAGAAAAAAGGGUAAUUAGAAUGAAAAUUAAGUUGUCAAGAAUGUAUUUAAUAACAUUAGCUAAGUGGCUGUAUGAGUUGUUUGGAUAAAGAAAAGCUAAUCUGAAUGUGAUUAUUCAUCUUCUUUUCUUCAAUCAGUGAUAGAGCAUGUUUUACCUAAUAUCUCCUCUUUGUGGAUGGCUUGCAAUUUUACUUUGUUUUGUGCUCUUUGAUGGAAAAAUAUGAAUUGGCACAUUGUCAUGCCAAGUGCUUGUCUAACUCUGGAGAGGCAUAGAUGGGAAAAGAAAUGCCUUGAUAGAAAAGUCGAUUCUUUAAAAUGCAAAUGGCUACUGACUGUGUGGGGUAGAGGGCAGGAUCGGCCCUAGCAAUGUUGGUGCCUGAGGCAAAAACUCCAAGGUUGCUUCCACACUACAGUCCUUCAGCGCCGCAGAGUCAUUGCUUCUCAAUUACCUGGAAACAAAGGGCAGCAUACAACGUAGUGCCAAGGUGAACUCUCUGUUAGUGCAAGGAUUUCUCCUCGUGCAACAUAGCAUUCUUCUUCUGUGCCCCCCAAUCUGUUCUGAAGUUCCCUCCAACCUUCCCCAGAAGAUCUGGGGACUCUGCAGGACACAUACAGGAGAGCAGGGAGGAAACCCCAUUGCACCCUUGUGCUAGUGCAACUAAUCAGUCCAAUACAGCCCCAAAUUACAAGCAGAAGGAAAGCCCUGCUGGACUAAAGGCCCGUCUAGUUCAGCUUCCUGUUUCCCAGAGUGGUCAAGCAGAUCCUACUGAGAACUCUGUAAGCAGGACAUGAUGGAGAUAAUAUUCAGGAGGCAUCUUUCCAAAAUUAAAGCGGUGUUUCUGCACAGAACUUUAUAUAAGCCAGAAGCAGCUCACUAGGUGGUAGCUAGCUACUAUGCUAGCUUCCCAGGAGGUGGGUCGUUCUUGCUUACUGGGAGGGAGAGGCAAGGCAGUGGAAAGGUCAGUGCAGUGCAAACACACUGGUAGGAAUACUGUAUUUAGUUAUCACGGUGCAUUUGCACUGUGUCAACCACCGUACCCUUCCUUGGCAAGCCACUCCUGAGUAUAGCAUUGUAUUCUACAGCCAGGGCUUUUUUUCAGCUGAAACUCAGUUCCGGCACCUCUCAGGUGGGCACUGUUACCAUUAUAAAAGAACAGGGAGGCAUUCAUAGUGAGUUCCAGCACCACUUUUCCUAGAAAAAUAGCACUAUGUACAGCAAUGCCCUUUCCAUAGCCAAGAUCCUUCUAUAACAGGCAUCCCCAAACUCGGCCCUCCAGAUGUUUUGGGACUACAAUUCCCAUCGUCCCUGACCCUGUUAGCUAGGGAUGGUGGGAGUUGUAGUCCCAAAACAUCUGGAGGGCCAAGUUUGAGGGUGCCUGUUCUAUGAUGUUUAUUUGCAAAUGGCAUUCCACAGUACUGCUAUGAACACUGUCCUCUCAUUAAUUCUUCAGGUAGAAGACGUUAUAGCAGAACUGAGAUUGCGGCAAUGUGCGAACACAAUUGUAGGGAACGAAUACAUCCGUGGUGUUUCUGGCGGGGAGAGAAGACGAGUGAGCAUUGGGGUCCAACUGUUAUGGAAUCCUGGUAAGAACAUCCAAAAGCAUCUCUGCUGUGCUUCCUUCCCAGGGCUGUGGUUUGGGUGCUGAAUAAAGGAGGGUGCUGACAUAGCCAUGGGUGAAUAUGGGUGGCUACCUGCCCCACAAUGUUCUCUUUUAACUUUCAAGUGUAUGACUCACAUAAGGAACUGGUUGUCUGUAGCAUCUGGCCACGUGGUGAAGUACAUUUUACCGUGUCUUUGUUACUCUGCAUUUUCAGAUACCUGCAGGGGCAAGGGAAAUAUGAGUAGCUCUACAAAUGGUCCUUGAUUUUCAGAUGGGCACAUCACAAAGUUGUUGGUGGCCAGAAAUACCUGUUUGCCAGUGUUUUAUCCAGGCAACUGAAAUGAGUGUAUGUGUUUAAUUUCCAGUGGGGUGAGGGUCUAGGCAGUGGUGGAACUUCAUGCUCCAGCACUGGGGGGCAGAGAGCAGGUGGGGGUGGGGCUGGUGCGCGUCCCAGGGGUGUGGCACGCUGCCUGCGGGGAUGGCAGCAAUGGCACCCCAUUAGGAUCUCACUGCUGGGGGCAGUGCGCUCCCCCCGCACUCCUCCGCCAGUUGGCCUAGGAGGUAUGCGCCGAUGCCCUGGCUGAAUGUGGGAUCAGGGUGCAUAGCACCGCAAGAAAAAGAUGCUUUACAGACAUGACCAUUUUCUUAGGUUUAAAUUAUGUUUGCGCAGAAGAGAGCAAGCUUCCCUCUUCAAACCUUUGUCCCAACACAAGAGGGGUGGGGCAAGUGAGGAUGUGAUGACAGCAAGCAGGGCCCCCAUUCUGCCCCCUCUCUGGGCUGUAAUCUCAUGUCGGUAGAGCAUGAGACUCUUGAUCUCAGGGUUGUGGGUUUGAGACCCACGUUGGGCAAAAGAUUCUUGCAUUGCAGGGCGUUGGACUACAUAGGAUCCCUUCCAACUCUACUAUUCUAUGGUUCUAAAGGAUAAAUGGAUCCCUGACCGUUAGGUCCAGUUGCGGACGACUCUGGGAUUGCAGCGCUCAUCUCGCUUUACUGACUGAGGGAGCCGGUGUACAGCUUCUGGGUCAUGUGGCCAGCAUGACUAAACCGCUUCUGGCACAACAGAACACCGACACCAGAGCAGUGCAUGGAAACGCUGUUUACUUUCCCGCUGGAGUGAUUCCUUAUUUAUCUACUUGCACUUUGACAUGCUUUCGAACUGCUAGGUUGGCAGGAGCAGGGACCGAGCAACGGGAGUUCACCCUGUCACGGAGAUUCGAACUGCUGACCUUCUGAUUGGCAAGGCCUAGGCUCUGUGGUUUAGACCACAGUGCCGCCUGCAUCCCUAUGAAUGCCUAAAUAUUGUGUGUGUUGUAUAAUAAUCUUUUGCUUUCCAGAUGUUGUUGGACUACAACUCCCAUUGGCUCCCAUCAGCUCCAGCCAGGAUGACCAAUGAUCAGGGAUGAUGGGAAUUGUCGUCCAGCAACCUCAGGAGGGCAAACAGUUGACAAAACUUCUGUUUUUCCUCAUUAACACAUUAAUUCAUUCCUCGUUAAUUUGUCUCUGAAAGAUAAUCUGCCAGGAUAAACUGCUGAAAUAGGCCACCAAGCUAUGUAAGAACAUAUUUAGGAUGAAGGUGAAAGCUACCAACCUAAUCAGAUACAUACAGAACUCACUGCAAUUAACUUUCCUUCCUCUUUGGCAGGAAUCUUGAUACUCAGUGAUCCCACAGCUGGGCUGGACAGCUUUACUGCCCACAACCUAGUAAUACUGCUGUCUAGGCUAGCAAGAGGAAAUAGAUUAGUUCUUCUGUCAGUUCACCAGCCAAGAUCGGAUAUCUUCCAGCUUUUUGAUUUGGUUCUCUUGAUGACAUCUGGACUCACAGUCUACUCUGGUGCCGCCCAAGACAUGGUCCAAUACUUCACACAAAUGGGAUAUCCUUGUCCAACAUACAGCAAUCCUGCAGAUUUCUACGGUUGGUAUAAUAAGUGCUUCUGGGAGAGUUAUGAUUUGUUUAAACUGAAGGUUUGCAGAUAGCCAGCGAUGAUCAGAUUAUGUUGUCUGAUUACGAGCUAAUGACUAGAAAACUCUCCCCUCUACCUUUGGAAGUGGCAAUGGGAAAGGCAGAAAAACAACACCAAGGUUUGAUUUGGGGGAAGCCCUAGUGCCAGCAAUAGGCCAGAUCGGGUACUGGCCAAGGAGCCCAGACGUUUAGAAAGGCCCAUCACUGUCCCAAAGCAAGAUGCUUUUCAGUGGCAGCCGGCUGUACCAUUUGAAUGGGAGCCAAGCUCAGUUCUCAUCUACUGUGUUCAUCUGCCAUUUUAAGUUACCCUCCCCCACCAAAAAACCCCACCUCUACAACUUGUUUUCCAGUAUCUAUAAUCCAGGUAGACCUAUAGACUUAUAGUUCCCCUGUGCCACCACAAGCAGGAUUUGGCCUGCCCUGGUUGGGGGCUGGGGCUGGGAAGGUGGAGGCUCAUAGCUGGCAUCAUACAAAGGACCCCCUGAAGUUUGACACCAGACCAGUUUGGAAGACAGAGACAGAUCGAGACAGAAGGACAAGUUGGUUAAAAGGGAUGCAGUUAUGCAAUGCAACAACCACUCUCUUAGAGCAGGCCUAGGCAAACUCCAGCCCUCCAGAUGUUUGGGACUACAAUUCCCAUCAUUCCUAGCUAACAGGACCAGUUGUCAGGGAUGGUGGGAAUUGUAGUCCCAAACAUCUGGAGGGCUGGAGUUUGCUUAUGCCUGUUUUAGAGAAGGGUUAACAGUGGUGCUCUAGCCCCAAUAAUCUGCUUGUUUAGUUAUAGAGAAAACAAACACCACAUGUUAAAGAAGGAUUAGAGUAAACUACUAGUAGACCACAUAGUGCCUUGAAGAAGUUGUGGAUUACAAUCCCCAUCAUCCCUACUUGUCAUAUAUUGGCUGAGGCUGAUGGGUGCUGUAGUCUAUAGCAUCUGCUAAUGAACUACAUUGGCUACCACUGGGUUAAACAUUGCCAAAAAUUUCAUGAUGGCCUCUUCAAGGGUGGAACAGACUGCAAGAGAAGCUGGCAGCCUCUCCUUUGUCAGAGUUUACUAAAAGACAAACAAUAAGUUUUUUAAAUACAUUAUUAGUAGUAGGAGAGCAGCUGGGGAGGCUGUUAGACCCUUGGAUGACAAGGCAGUCUAAUGUAUGCUAAAGGAGGACAAGGAGAUUGUAGAGAAGCUGGAUAAAUUAUUUGCAUCAGUCUCCACAGCAGAAGGGAGUAAGCUUCCGAAUACCAGGUGUUGGAAAUCACAGGAGCAGAGAAAGCUCUUGAGCUCAGGUCCCAUUUGCAGGUCAAACCAUAUACAUCUGGGUGGCAACUGUGAGAACAGGAUUUGAUGGACCGCUGGCUUGAUCCAGCAGGAUCUUAGUGUUUCUGGAUGGUCACCUAUCAGGGAUGCCGUUAUCUGUGGGCACUUCAUUAGAUGCGUGAAGUGCAAUCCUAAAUUGACAGGCAGGGAAUUUAAACAGAAUUGGAAGAUAGGAUUCAAUUACCUCUGAAAAGAUAAACAUAAAUUCAGAUACGAAGCUGAAAACGCCGAACAGCAUGUGUGGGUUAUAUGAUCUUACUCAGGAUCCUGUCUUACAGUUGAUUUGAUCAGCAUCGAGAGGCAGAGUGAAGAAAAGGAGAUGGAAAGCAAGCAAAGGGCUCGCUCACUUGCUGCCAUGUUUCAUGAAAACAUUAAAAACGUGGAUGACCGCUUAUGGAAAAGCAAACCAAGAGACAACAUGGUCACUGUUUCUGCACAGAGGUAAAAACAAGAGCUGUAAAGAGCUUUGAUGGCAGUAUAACAAGGCAGUAUAUAAAGAAAUUGGUUUCAGAAUAAACCCAUCUCCCGUUUCUGUCCAUUUUUGACAGCUCUACUACGUUCAUUUUGGAGGAGAAAAUUACUGUGAACUCUCAUUCGGCCGAUCAGUUGCCUGGAUGGUUACAGCAGUUCACUGUUUUGCUAAGGUAAUGUUGUUUCAAGCCCUGGUAAGAAUGCAAAUAUCAGACUGGAUUAUUAUUAUUAUUAUUAUUAUUAUUAUUAAUUCAAUUUAUACACUGCCCUAUACCCGGAGGUCUCAGGGCAGUUCACAACAAGACCACAACAUAUAAAAUCAAACCAAAAGCAAUAACCCAAUAACCUCCAAAAAAGCCACAUUCUAAAAGGGUGUUGGAUGUCAAUAAGAUCAACCAAAGGCUGGUUAAAAAGGAACACUUUUGCCUGGCGCCUAAAGGUGUAUAAUGAAGGCACCAGGCGAACUUCCCUGGGGAGAGCAUUCCAUAGACAGGGAGCCACUGCAGAGAAGGCCCUUUCUAGUUGGUAUGCCCAUUUAAUUCCUGGACUACAUCUGUAUCAGACAUGACCAUCUAACAUGGUUAAUGUACACUUCCUCUAAGAUUGAUGGCAUUGUUAGUUAUGGAUAUGGAUGAAUGGUCCUCACCUUGUGUCCUAGGGCCAAGAUCAUAGGGAUCUGGUUCGUUGCAGCAGCUAGAAAUACAGGUAGAGUCUAAUUAGGUCCAAAAGCACAAACUUAACCUAUUAACCAUGCUGUCAGACAGCAGAGGCCUCCCCAAGGCAUCUAAGGUGGGCAUCGUUCAUUGUGGUAGCCAUAGAUACAUUCUCCAUCCUGAAGUGAGGAGAUAAUUUAGGCUCAGAGUUGAUAAUGUUAUUUCUUUUUGUAGCCGCCAGAUCUCCAAUGAUUUCCGAGAUCUCUCAGCAUUGCUGAUUCGUGGAUUUGAGGCUCUUUUAAUGUCAUUGUUAAUGGGAUUCCUAUAUUAUGGUCAUGAGAAAAAUCUGUCUAUUCCGGAUGUAUCGGCACUUCUGUUUAUGCUAGGAGCUCUGAUCCCUUAUCUUGUGGUUGUUGAAACUGUAACAAAAUGUAAGUUUUACAGCGUUAAGAGUUUUAGAAGGUUUUUUUUUUAAGGUUUUAAUUUUUUUUAAAAAGACGUUUGAAAAAGAAGUUUUUAAGAGGUUUUAAAAAUUCAGAAAGCAAUAGUAAUGUUAAUAAAUAGAUAAAAAUGGCAGCCUGCCAUUCUAACAAGAAACACAAUGGUUUAUUUCUGCUUUCUGCUAUAGGCCAUUCUGAAAAAGCUGUACUGUAUCAGGAUUUUGAGGAUGGGCUGUAUCCUGUUAGCCCAUAUUUCUCCGCCAAGGUAAUUGGCUUCCGUUGUAGCAAGAUGGCUUCCAAUCCCCUCUGAUCUCUUGGAAAUGCUUCUGGGACAUAGGGAGCCAAGGACCACCAUUUGAGAAGCACUGAACUAUUAACUCUAGGAAAGAUGAUGAUUAAUUGUAGAAUGAAAGCCAGUAAUGGGUUGAUGUUGUGCUGUAAGGACAGUGUUCUGUUCUGUUCUGUUUUGUUUUGUUUUGUUAAUGUUUUGUUAGUGUCCCAAAGAAGAGUCCCAAAAUGCAAGCAGCUGUGCUGAUCCAUAUAACUAAAUACAUAAAUGCAACCCCCUCCUGCCCUCACCGCUUGAAAGAGCAGCAGUAUGUAGGAUAAUACUCAAUUAAUUAGGAUCAGGUGACAGUCACAGAAAAAGGUGCAUAUAGAAUCAAUUCACAUUGUAAAACACCUUGAGCUUUAACAAAUGAUCUUUAGCCAGCUGAAAUGCAGCUUUUAAACAGUCUUGCAAUAUAUGUGUUACCAGUGCUAUUUUUCUAGAAAAAGAGGUGCCAGAACUCACCAUGAACACCUCCCUUGUUCUCUUAUAAUGGCAAUGGCGCCUACCUGAGAGGUGUUCCAGCAAGUUCUGGCUGAAAAAAGCCCUGUGUGUUACCUUUAAAGGUGCAAGCAGGAACCUCAGCAAAUAAAAGAAGUAUCUAGCCCUUGCUUAAUUUCCCCCCUCUGUCUCUAAUUUCUCCUUUGCUAAUCUGUUCCAAACAAAAAGAAACAACAGAAGUCUCUUGACCAGCUUCAUACACUUGCCACAUGGAAAAUCCACCCAUUAUUCUGGCACUACCCUGGCAGAUGAUGGCAAUGCUCCUGAUCUGAAAAAAGUAAAAUGCCAGGACCUCUCUUCCACUGUCCCAUCAAAAUCCAGCAUUAGAAAGUUAGAGAAACAAUAUCCCAUUUAUGUCACAAUUUUUUUUUGGCCUCAGAUAUGGAAUAAAUUGGUGGGGGUUCCCCUCAAGGUCAGUGAUAUUUCCUUUCUCAAACAGGUUUUAGGAGAACUUCCAGAACAGUUCUUCCUAAUGAUAGUUUAUGGGGUUCCUACCUACUGGCUAGCAAACCUCCGUCCGGAACUGGAAUGUUUCUUCCUUAUGCUGCUGCUUCUUAUGCUAGUCACUUUCUGCGCUCGGACCAUGGCGAUGUGGAUGUCUGCAAUGUUGCCAACAUUUCAUAUCUCGGCCUUCGUUGCCAAUAUUCUGUACACAAUGUUUCUGAUGAGCGGAGGCUUCUUCAUAAGCUUGGAAAACCUGUGGACAGGUAAGCUGGAAACACCAGGCAGCCGACAAGCAGAAAGCUACAUUAACAGAAGCAGAGGAAGCAAUGGAAUGCCAUCUUUCACGGGUGGAAAACCAUUUAAGCAUUUAUACGACUUUCCGUAGAUAUCUGAAGGCAGGCCUGUAUCAGGAAGCUUUCUGGUGUUCCAUUAUCUUUUAUAUUCUGUUGGCAGCCACCCAAAGUGACCGGGGCAAAAGAUGGAUGGGGUAUAAGUAAUAAAUUAAUAUUUAUCUCUUCUGGACAACUUUCUGGGGGUCACAUGCUAGCAUACCCAUCAACUGCACCAGAAAAAACGGGACAUCCUGUUUUUUCUGCGAGAGCACGGCAGCCAUUUUGGGCACCAUGCUCUUGUGCAAUUUCGGGCAAAGAUCUUGUUUCUUUGGGUCCACGAUCUGUGUUGAAUUAGGCUCCCUUUGCUUCCCUCUUUUUCCAGUUCCAACUUGGAUUUCCAAAGUAUCUUUCGUCAGGUGGAGUUUUGAAGGAGUAAUGCAAGUUCAAUUUAGAGGACGCACUUACCCAAUGACUUUUGGCAAUAUCAGCUAUCCAGUUCCUGGAAAACUAGUAAGUCACUUCUUUCUAGGUAACAUUUCUCAUGAAUAUAGCUAUUCAAAUAUUGUGCACAUGUGUUAACCACAAUUUUGGGUUAGUGUUACACACACACACCCCAACCCGCAACUUACAUGCAUUUACCUUGUGCACAUUCAGCUUCAUGCAUGUUGCAAAAAAGAAAAAAAUAAAUUUAAAGGGGUGGAAAGGGUACGCAGUUCCAGGAAAAAUGACUUUGGCAAUCCCACCUGCCAUUGAACUCAAUGGGUUCUGACUAUAUGGUAAGUCUGCUACUUGCACAAGGGUUCAGUUCUGGGAACUGUGCCCCAAAGCAAAAACACAUAAAGCCAGGAGGGCCCCCUAAAAAAACCAAACUGCUCCUCUCAUUCUCAGACCACCUCCAUUUGCUCAGAUCACCUUCCCCUUGCUGUCAGACCACUUUGCUUGCUCUCCAUGCUCUUGUCAGUCCCUAUCUCACUCUCCAACUCUCUGACAGCGCCCAGAUACUCUCCCAGGGUGAGUGCAAUGGCUGAUGGGAUUGCCAACUGUUGUUUCCCACCCUUCUGCCACCGUCUGACCUUUUUUCCCCACUGCGUAUUUUGAUUUCCCUCACAUUUUUCCAGAUUAUUUAUUUAUUUAUUGCCCACGUAAGGUUGCGAUCACAUAAGAAAAAUGAGCAUAAGUUGCAGGCUUACUGUACACGAUUUUGGCUUUAGGUCUGACCCCUGGAACGUAACCCCUGUGCAGGUUGCAGACUUAGGUACACAGACACACACAGAGUACUCUGGAUUUGUACCUUUUGUAUUUAUUUUAUUUUGUUGUUUAGUCAUUUAGUCGUGUCCAACUCUUCGUGACUCCAUGGACCAGAUUUUUAUUGAUUUACCAAUAUCGUUCCAAUAGCAGCCUCAUUAUAACAAUACCGAUUUUAUCCAAUUAAUACAAUUAUUAAUGCCGAUUGUUUUAUUGGUUUUAAACUAUGAAACACCGAGAGGCCUCUGUCGAUAAGCCAGUAUAGAAUUGCCUAAUGAAAGGCAAUUAGUCUUACUGAGCACUAGGGGACUCUCAUCUUUCUGCAACACCCUGCAAUUCUAAACAGAUUCACCUGGGCGCAAGUCCCCCUGAUUCUAGCUUGGUGGCAAGAAUGCAGUUCUAAAGGAGCUCCACUCCGUGGCCAUUCAAGAGGACUGCAAAGCAACUGCCUCUCAGCACCGAUCAGCUGCUAGACACUGACAGUGUUUCCCCAAAGGAGCUGGCUCUGGUUGCUGAGACAAAGCCCCUUCGAGGUCCGUUUCUUCUCCCUCUCAGCAUCCAACCCAUAGCGCUUUUGAAAAAGUGCUGCCAGCACCCACCAGCUGAUUGGCUCUGGUCGUGCUCCUUUGAAGAUGCACACGCUCACUGACCAUCAUCUGAUCGGUGCUGAGAACAGUCAAUUCAGCUGCACAGGAGUUUUGCAGGAGGGGAUUUUUUUGGGGGGUGGUGGAAGGUCAUGGCACCUCCCCUCAAUUCACAAUAUGUACCAGUGGUACCUCGGUUUUCAAACGUCUCCAUUGACAAACAUUUUGGUUUUCAAAUGCCGUAAACCUGGAAGUAAAUGCUUCGGUUUUUGAACAAACCUCGGAAGUCGAACAUGUUUCACCGCUUCUGCUGAGUGUAAGAUCCUAAGGCCUAGCUUUCGGCUGUUGAGUUUUCGGUUUUCGAACGUUUCAGAACUCAAACCGAGGUAGUACUGUAUAUGUAUAUGUAUAUAUGUAUGUAUGUGUGUGUAUAAAUAUGUACACACACACAUAUUCCAAAUAAAAUUCCAAUACCCCUGUACGUAUUUUUAAAAAGAUUUUUCUUUCAGAUUAUCCCAUCCCAUUUUCCAUGAUGCCCCCCCACUUGCUGUGCCCUGUCUCCCCUCUUUUAUAACAUAAUCAUGGCACAAUAGUCUGAUUCUUUCUGUUGCUCCUAGUUCAAAUCCUCCUUACUGAUUCUUCAAGCUAUAAUAUUUCUUUAAAUGAUUUGAUAAAGGCUUCCAUUCUUCAACAAAACAAUCAUCACUAAGAUCUCUUAGUUUAGCUGUUAACUUUGCUGAUUCAACAUAGUCCAUCAAUUUGGUUAUCCAUUCUUCUUUGGUGGGAACUUCUUCAUCUUUCCAUUUCUGAGUGUAAAGAAUACAAUAUAUAUUCCUAGCAAGCCCCAUUCACACAACCAAGACUCUUCAGUCAUGGCUGGCAGCUGGGGUGGGGGUAACUUUCAACUUGGAGCCUCUAGCUAUUUUUCUUUAACCUCCUGUGCCUGCUUGUGUUUUGUUGUGGCUACAAUUGUCAAACGAGGGAUGAUGGGGAAAAUUUGGAGGGAUGGUGGUUUUGUUAAAGAAGCAAUAAUUCCCUUCUACACACCUCAGCUGUGAAUUUGCUGGAAAACAGUGUUUAGAAAUUGCACUGCACCACCUCUCAAAUGAUGCUCAUGCACUCAUCAAGAGAGUUGUCACAGUUCUUGCAGUGACAGACAGUCGUAACUGAAGAGCCUCUUAUCUGAACUUUAUAGAUAGCUUCCGCAAACCGUGGACACAAAGAGAAACAAGAGCAAUGUCAAAAGGAGAAUGGGUUUGCUUCUUUCCUGGAAUGUAUAUGGAAGAAAUUUUAAAACAGGAUGGGGCAGCAUUUAAUUCAGUAGUUACUGGGGCCUAUUGAGACUGGUAGGGUGUAAGGCAGGAGGCCAACAGUGGAUGGCGCCAGAGCAAAGGUAACUAAUUCUACUUUUCGCCACAUCCUCCUCCCUGCUGAGUUCUACAAGUACCAAAGAGCAAAGGUGUUUAUACCAACUCAGACCAUUGAUCCAUCUAGCUCAGUAUUGUCUAUGCUGCCUCAUAGAAGCUCUCCAAGAUUUUUGAACGGGGACAAAUCUGGAGACUGGACCUGAGAUCUUCUAUAUGCAAAGCAGAUGCUCUACCACUGAGCUGUAAUACAGACAUACUCCUCUCAGAACAAAUAAUGGUUUCAUCUUCAGAGCUACUGUUUUACUCGCAUGCACAUUUAGACAUUUAAUUAAUUGAUUGAAACUCACUUAUGAGUAAACAAUUACAAUUUACUUAACUGGAAUUCAAACUGAUUGAUUUAAUCGGAAUUUGAUUGACUUACAGGUACUCCAGUCACUGGAUUUAGACUUCCAGCCCCACUAUGCAAUUUACCUCAUCUUGGUCAGUAUUUCCACCACCUUCUUGGUUUUAUACUACUUAUCUCUCCGGUUCAUCAAGCAGAAAUCAAACCAGGACUGGCAAUAAUAACAUGACAUCAUUGAUCACGGUGGCAGGAGUCAAAGCAGAAGAGAGAGCGUUCACACGGGUCCAUAUUAAAUGCCAGAUCGAACUCUUGCAAUAAAGGCAACACUUAAAAUGGUC